GUCGGUCAAGCAACAAAAUCUGGGGAAAAGCAGAGGGGGAAUGAAAUCGAAAGAAGGGAACCAGGGGAAGUCUCGGCAGGGGAAAUAAAAACAGCCGAUGCAGAACCAAAAGGAUCCGUCCAAUAAGAGUCAACAGUGGGCUAUUAUUGUGUGGAAAGGAGGGUCAAAGAAAGGCAACACGCCAAAGGAAAAGGGUGGGAUUCUGAGGACUAAUAAACGAACAGGAUCUCCGAUCAAGGAAAAGGGGAAGCGUCCUUCGAGCCCAGGGAAUGACAGCAGUAGUAUGGAGGAGGCAGAAUCAUCUAUGGGAGGAAGCGAUAGCGAAGGGAAGCUGGGUGACAAUCAGUCCCACUCGGAUAAGGGGGAGAGAGGUACCCAUCCUCAACCAAGUGGAGUGGUAGAGGGGGUAAAGGAGAGGGUGGACGGUAUGACCGCCAGGGGUGAGAGUGGAGAUGAUGGAGGGGAGGAGGGUGAAGAGGUACACUUGACUCGGAAACGCAGGGACCCCCAAGAAGAAAAGAAGAAACAAAAUGAAGGGGCGAUUCCGUUGGGGGGGAUGUUCCUUUUGGAGGAGGAGGAUUGUGAAGAAAUUCUCAUUGAGGAGGGGAAGGGGGAAGAGGAACUAGAACGUGAAGUGAUGGGAACGGGAGUAUUGGAAGAAGUAAGGAAAGCUGAGUCAGAAGACUCAGGGGAUGAGGACAUGUUGGAAAUUUUAAGAGAAGAAUUGGAUAUUCCUCAGGAGACGGUGAAACCUACCCCGGGGCAGAAGGACUUGGAGCUGGCACUGGAGGAAACUCAACCCCCCCCCUCCCCCCCGUCGACUAGCCAAAGGAGAUUUUCUGAACGAGAAGCUUUUAAGGUCUACGAUAAUGUCUUCUUUGAUUUGGACGUUGGUAGGCGGGAGAUGGACGUUCGCGGCGGCGGGCAAGGGUUGCGUGAAGAAGAGAGGGAGGCGGUGGCGAUGGGGGUGACUGCCGUGGUCCUUAACUCGGUGGGCGACAUGUCGUCCAGGGAAAGCCAGAAGCGUUCGCAAUUGCGGAAACGCAGAGCACUGUUGCAACGCGUCGUCGAAGCGCCAGAUUGCGUGGCGACUUCUGAAGCGGUCCUGCAGUUGUGCACGACACUCUACUCCGGCGUCGUCCCAUGGGAAACACCACGAUGGUGGAUCAAACGAAGGACUUGCGGAACUUGGGAGGAUCUCCAGCUGUGUGACGAAGCGACGGAAGACUACUUCUGCGACAAGUUGCUUAUGUCCAGGGCUGUCUUCAUGCAGAUCGUUGCUGUAUGCGUCAAUCACGUCAAGAUGAAGGUCACACAUUACAGGAUGUCAUUGCCUGUGGAGCAGGUCAUUGCUUUCACGUUCUAUAGGUGGGCCUCCGGGGAGACGUUCGAGAGUGGCACGUCAGCCUUUGGCAUUCGCAGGACCACUGGACUGCAGGCCGUCGACUAUGUAACUUCGACGCUGUUGAAGGCGUACCCCGAAUCCAUCAAGUGGCCUGUUGGGCGGAGACGUGUGCAGAUACUGUGGGUUUUUCGGGAGAAGGGUUUCCCUAACUGCUUCGACGCAAUCGACUGCAUGCAUGUGUACAUUGACAAGCCCGCCGGCGCGCCGUCAGAUAACUACUACGACGGCAAACGUAAGUUCUCCGUUCAAGCGCAGGUGGUAGUCGAUUUGGAUCUUCGUAUCCUGGACGUCCACGUCAGAUACCCGGGAAGUGUGCACUACGUCUAUGUCCUGCAGAACUCCCAUUUGUGGAGGCGCGCAAAAAGCGGUGAGCUUUUCGACGCCCCUCCGGAGAAUCUACCACACGGUGUCGUCACGCGAGGUUACCUUCUUGGCGACAACGGGUACCUCGUAGCCUGUCCAUGGAUCGUCCAGCCGUACGGAGGAAUCGAGCAAUGUCCUGACGAGGAACGUUUCAACACGCGGCAGAAGGUGGCGUGGGGGUGUGUGGAGAGGGCGUUCGGGCGGUUGAAGUGCAUGUGGCGUCUAUUCCUGCGCACCCACAAAACGAACUUGGAGACCUUGCCGCAGCAAUUCGUCGCCGUAUGCACUCUCCACAACAUCCUCUUGGACGCGGGGAUCGAGUUCGACGAGAACCUGCUGUAGGAGGUGGAUGAAAAUGGCGUCCGGUGUAGAGUGGACUUGGGUGUGGUGGGAAACGACGCAGGCGGGAGGUGACAAAGCACGAACG